AUGGCGUUAUUAGGACUCCCACUCGAGCUGCUUCAACGCAUCAUCAAAGAGACCAUCCCCGAGUCCAUCGAGAAUGUCGCCGUCACAUGCUCCACUUUGCAUAAUGCAAGCAAGAUCUAUCUAGACGAUCAUAACUGCCUUCGGAAGAGAUACAAAAACUUUUCUUACUCAAAAUACACUGCGUUAAAACAAAGGGGGUAUGUCAAGGUCCCAGUUAUGUUCAGUAGCCGCUGCUCACCAGGUGAUAGGAGGCCGAGGCACACCUGGAAGGGGCAUUGGGACCCUGUUACGCAGGAGACUGGCAUUGAACUUCAGGGUGCUAUCGAACUCAUCACGGAAAUCGUCCGCAACCCAGUGAUUCCUCGAUACAUCGAAACGGCCGACCUAAAGGGCAAUGUGGGGAUGACGGAUGCCCCUGGUGAUAUGGUUGAUGAACACCCGGCGCUCCAUCCGCUUUUCCCGCGCAUCAAAGACGAAGCUGUCAUCGACAAACUUCGGAAUCUUCUGAAUGACUCGCCUUAUCUUGCGGAAGCUGGUAUAGAUUCGGAGGCUUGGCUUUCGGGGAUGCUCGACGACACGUCCGGGCAUGCCGAGGUGUUGCUGUUAACGCUUCUCACCAAUGUGCGUGAGCUUGCGCUGCCACAAAGUUGGGACCAGAUCCCCGGCAGAAAUUCAGGACACCUGCGCUACGGAGAAGAGACACCGCGAUCCGAUAGGAAGAUCAUCUGGCCCGUCUUGGAUGCCCUUGUGCGGCGUGCGAACGAUCCGAAGAUUGCAGAAGCUGGUCUAUCCAAGUUGGAAGUUUACAGACCGUUUACGGGAACUGGGUACGAAUGCAGGAACGCGAUGACGGUCAACACCCCUUUCCUAGCUAUCAAAUCUGUUCGCGAGGCCUACAUUGGCGGCUGCAUCGCACUCGAUGACGGAUACACCGGAAUGCCAUUCGAUCCCGAAUACCCAAAGUACAGUCCACGUCUCGAGAGACUGGACCUCGUGGGGUGCACCUUCGGGCCAGAAGAGAUGCGCGAAUUGCUUUCACGCCUGCCGAACCUGAAGUGCUUGCACUUUGCAUACGAGACGAAGUGGCACGGGUGUGGCCACAACCUUGACGCUGGCGCGAUGAUGAACGCCAUCAUGGAAUCCGCUGGUGAGACCUUGGUGGAGCUCUCAAUGUGGAUGAUGGUUCAUUAUGGCACCGCCGGCCGAACACUCGUCGAUAUGAAAGGCUUCAAGCAACUCAAGUCCCUACACAUUGACGGUCUCACCUUACUAGGACCAAAGUUCGAAAAGGCCGACGAAGAGUACGAAAUUGCCGAUGCCCCUGACGUUUGCCCAUUGGAAAAGAUGGCGGCGCCGCGAGCUCUCGACUUACUGCCGCCAUCACUUGAGAAGUUCCAUUUCCAGACCGAACCGGUGGGAGAUCGUCGCAGAGAUUCCUCCGACCAGCUGAAGAAAUGCCUGGCAGCCCUGUUCGACGGCCUUGCCGAAGGGAGGGGCGAGAGACUGCCAAACUUGCAAGAAAUUGUUGUUGAAGUCGUUAAAGAUGACGUGAAUCAGAAUAUGAAAGAGCAAUUAGAAGAUAGAGGAGCUCGGGUGGUACUCAGUCCUUCAAAGGCGGAUCCCAACUUCGUGACAGACUUUUACCGCCGGUUUGGGGCCGCCCGACAGGACAGCGGCAACGACUUCCUUGACCCUCCUGCUGUCCAACGCCCUAGAUUCAGAUAUUGGCUCCCCGAUGGCACUGUUGAUCCCGAAAAGGUCAAGUCAGACAUCCAGUCUGCUAGCAAAAUCGGGGCGGGAGGAGUCGAGUUCUUGCCCUUCUACAACUAUGGCGGUCAACUAGGACCGCCGCCUGUGGGGGUCGACUGGUCAACUUCUGGUUUCGGAACCCCAGACUUCAUCAAGACUCUCAUCGCAGCCCUUGAGGCUCACAAUGAAUCUGGUCUGUCCAUGGACUUUGCGAUUGGUCCGAACCAGGGCCAGGGCGUGCCUGCUGAUGCCAGCAAUGAAGGUCUUCAAUGGGAUUUGUUCGCCGAGACACAGGCCGUCACCGCCAGUGGGCACUUCAACGGCACCAUACCGGGAUGGGGAACCGGGCAGCUCGUCUCCGCCGUGUCAGCAAUAGUCACAUCUAGAACAAAUGUGACAAUCAACACAACGUCAAUCAUCGGAACAGCAGAAAUUUGGUGGGAGGAGCUGGUCUUGCGGAAUGGCUCCUUGAAAGAUAUCACUUCCAUGAUCUCAUCUACCGGCGAACUUUCAAUCGAUCUAUCCAACAGCUCCUCCAACGCCUCUGACUACGAACUAUUUUUCUUCUAUCAAAUUUUGUCUGGACACAAGAACCUCGUCUUUGCAUCCAACAGAACCGAGACAAUCUGGGACAACGGGUCCUACGUUGUUGACCACUUCAGCAGCAAAGGCGCCGAGGUUGUUCGUGACUUUUGGGAGCAGUAUAUUUUCGUCGACAAUGUCAAAGAGCUUCUCAUGGAGGUUGGAAACUAUGGCUGGGAAGACAGUAUGGAAAUUCUAUCUAAUACAUCGUGGACAAGGACCCUUCCCGAGAGAUUCGAAAAGCUGUUUGGCUACGACUUGCGCCCGUAUCUCCCUCUCAUAAUCUUCAACAACAACAAUAUCAACCUUCAGAAUGAUGCACCAGGUCAUACACGGUGCUUUCUAGACACUCAUGACAAAGGCCAGGGCUACAUCAACGACUAUCGUGCUGCGCUUGCCGAUGGCUACCAGGAGUACCUGACCACGCUUGCGAAUUGGACACACUCUCUUGGGCUGGGCCUGUCUGCGCAAGUUUCAUACAACUUACCUAUGGACAUGGAGGCAUCCAUCCCAUUUGUUGAUGCCCCUGAGUGCGAAAGCCUGCAAUUCCAUGACAACCUUGAUGGGUACAGGCAGUUCUCGGGACCAGCCAAUCUGGCAAAGAAGACUGUCAUCUCCAAUGAGCUUGGUGCGGUGUUUGGAAGUGCAUACCGCUUCACUAUCCCAGACCUGCUUUUCGCCAUGAACCGCGCUGUCGCGGGAGGGGUCAACCAGUUCGUCAUCCAUGGGCAAUCGUACUCGGGCAACUACCCUCAAACAACUUGGCCUGGAUACACGGCAUUCAGAUACUACGUUUCCGAUUUAUACUCUCCAAAACGCCCCGACUGGGACCAUGGCCUUCAAGCUGGGUUGAACCACAUGGGCAGAGUUCAGCACAUCCAGCAGACCGGUAUUCCGAGAACCGACAUUGCUUUCUACAACAAACAGACAGCAACGGAUCCUAAUAUGGGUACACUGUAUACAUCCGAUGAUCUUAUCUUAAAAGGGUGGUCCUACAACUACUUGUCUCCUGAUAACUUUGCCCUCCCCCAGGCAUACGUAAGGAAUAACUUGCUCGCACCCGAGGAUGCGAGAUACCAGGCGCUUGUUGUGCUUGGAUCACAGAAUCUCACCUCACCGGGUCUCCUGAAGCUUAUUGAGUUUGCGGAAGCUGGGCUGCCCAUCAUAAUUGCUGGCGGCUCCCCCGGCGAGUAUCCGACCGAGAAUAAAGCAUCCAACGUCAGCUUUUCUUUCGACACCAGCCUGCAGCAGCUUCUUAGUAUCAGCACUGUCUACCGAGUUGCAGAGGGCGAAAUCGCGGAGAAGCUGGAAGGACUCGGUCUCAAACCAAGAGUUGGCGUCAAGACGAACGGAACAUGGCAUACCACCUGGCGCCAGGACUCCGACAAGAACAUCAGCUAUGCAUACGUUUUCAGCGACGCUGAGUCCGCAAAUGGAGAGCUCAUUGUGCAAUCUCCAGGAAUACCUUACUUCUUUGAUGCGUGGACGGGAGCUAGAGAGCCGGUGUUGCACUACACGACGGAAGGCUCGACGACGACUAUCCCUCUCACUCUUGCUGGAAACCAAACCAAGCUCAUCGGCUUCGCCGCUUCUUGCCUCGAAGACAUUGCGAUACCCGAAUUUCACUUUACGGAGCUCUCUGACAAUGUUCUGGGCUAUCGCGCAGAUGACCAGGGGAUCGUCGUCUACGCUGCUGCGUCCGCAGAUCCCGCAACUCUUAUAUUAUCAACGGGCGGCAAGGUCUGCUACGCAACAAAUGUGGCGUCUUCAUUCGAACUUGCAUCUUGGGAUCUCAUACUGGAGCAUUGGGAAGCCCCAGAAGAUAUGUACGAUGCAGCAGUGGUAGCAGUUAAGCGAAACACCACGCACCAUCUUGAUAGUCUCGUCUCUUGGACGGAAAUUCCAGCAGCCACAAACACGUCUGGUAUUGGUUACUAUUUCGCCAACUUUACCUGGCCACCCGCCUCAUCCGCGGAAACGAAUGCAUCGGUCGGUGCCUAUAUUCAGUUCUCUCCGGCUCUCAAUACGAUCACUUUGGAAGUCAAUGGUGCUCGCGUGCAUCCGCUCGACCCGAGUAAUCCUGUCGCCGAUAUCUCGACCUACCUUGUUGAAGGAGACAAUCAUGUUCUUGCGAUAGUUCCUAGCACGAUGUGGAACUAUCUCCGCAGCAUUCUGGAGGAUAUCAAAAAUUUGGGCGCAACACCGUUUGGGCCUGGAGAAACCCUUUCUGUUGAUAUGAUUCCUCAAACAGAGAACGGGUUGGUCGGCGCUGUUCACAUUGUUCCCUACGAAGCUCUGCGGGUGGGUGAGUCAGAUGGCCAGCAGGAAUGUUAG